ACCAACCUCACCUACCUCAAUUCUACAUACACCCAAAUCCUCAACCGCCCAAACACCCACCGACCCCAAGUUAGGUCUACCACCAAAAUGCCAACCACCACAACCCCAAACCUAACAUUCUACGACAUCGCCUUCAAACCCCCCGUAGAAAGCACAACCUGCGCCCCCAACCCCUGGAAAUCCCGCUACGCGCUCAACUUCAAAUCCAUCCCCUACAAAACCGUCUGGGUGCCGCUCCCCCAAAUCGCCACCGUCCGGCGCUCGCUCAACGUCCCCGCCUCGCGCAGCUUCGCAGACGGGAAGGACUUCCACACCCUGCCUGUUCUCACGGACGCCUCCAUCAAGGAUUGCCCGCCCAUCGGCGACUCCUUUGACAUCGCCAUCCACCUGCAGACGCAUUAUCCGGACGCCGGGCCCAGCGAUAACACCGCCCACAACAAUCUGUUCCCGGCGGACACCCCGCUCAACUACACCUACACCGUGGGACCGCAAGUCUUCGCGCCGCUCAGCAAGCGCAGCGAGUCGGAUCCCGUGCUGGCUGCGUACGCGCGGUUUAACACCUCCGUCGACGCUGCGUUCAGCGCGCAUGUUCAGCUCGCUGUCCACGGUAUGCCGCUUGACCCGGCCACCGCGGAGGAAACGAAGGCGGAGUUUUUGCGGCGCGCGGGGAUGGACGACUGGGAGGCGCUUGGGGUGAAGGGGGAGGCGAGGCGGGCGGUGAUUGAUUCGUUGAGGGGCGCGUUGGAGGGGUUGGCUGGGUUGUGGGAGGGGAAUGGUGGGGGGCCGUUUGUCAGAGGGGAGGAGGCGUGUUAUGCGGAUUUUGUGGUCGGGGGGUGGUUGAGGAUGUUUGGGGGGAUGUUGCCCCGUGAUGAGUGGGAGGAGGUGAAGGGGUGGUUUGGGGGCGUGUUUGGGAGGUUGGAUGGGGCGUUGGGGCGGUUUGGGGAGGUUGUUUGA